AUGGCUGUUUAUGGGAGUGAAUUAAAAACUCUACUCCCACCGCGUCCGUCUCCGGGCGCCAGCCUGGACAAGGGCAGGUGCGUGGGAACUAGGGCAGCGGCUGCUCGGAGGCGCCGCGCAGUGGGCCCCGGGGAGAGCAUGCGGAGCUGGCGCCUGUGUUAGAUCUGCACGUGUGGGUGACAUCAUUGUCCACAUGGAACCGCAAGGAUUUAUGAAGAUUCUGGCGUGCAUUACCCAACAACCGAAUAUUUGGGAAACUAUCCUAGCUAUGGCAAUGUUCUUCUACCUCAGAGUCUUAAACCCCAGCAAGAAGUUCGAGCGUGCCGUGGUGAAAUGGAAGGAAUGACGACAAUUUACUUAAAGUAA